AACAUCUAGUCGACCACUAGCGUUCGCGAUCGCAGCAGCAUUUUUCGACAAUCGAAAACGCGCAGAACCUCACGUUCAACAGAACUCAAUCUCCUUGUUUUUCAAAGAGAUUCCAGUGAAUUUAUGAAUGAUUAUUGCUUUGAGUAGUUCGAAUAAAAGUGCUUCAAUUAACAGCUUUGGAUCAAGUGGACAUUAACGCUAGGUAACUCUCAACCAAAAGGCCAUGUCGGCCAUAAACGAAAGAGCGAUCUCCAACAUCAAAGAUGAAGAUCUGCUGAAAAAAAUGUGGCAAGAAACAGAAGAUUUCGGCAAGAAGAAAGAAAUCAGAGCCCACAUGUAUAAACUCAGAGAGGAAAGGUUGAAGGAUUUGUACAGCAGCUCUGAUGUAAAGGAUGUACACAUGAUAACGAACAAGAAGUCAUCAUUCAAUCAAUCUAUGCAUGCUGAUGCUCUGGCAGAUCACAGUUUUGCCAGUUUGAAAAGGAAGGAGAUUAGAGAUUCUGAGUCGCCAACUAAGGAUGUCAGCUACAGAAUGAAAGGUCCAUCAAGCAACGAAGGAUGGAAUAUAUCUAAAAUCGAGGAACGUAGUCAAGAUGGGAAAAACCACCGAUUUCAACAGACUGCUCAUACAUCUGGCACCGAAUUAAUUCCGCAAGGUAAAUUAGAUUUUGAGGCAAAAAACAGCCAAGAAGUAACUUCAUUCCAAGAUGGCGAUCAGAAUAACUUCGUCAAAUCUCAAGGGGCAUCUUCGAAUAGUUUCAUCCGUCAAGAAGCAGUUGGUGGUGAUGGGAACAGCAGCUUCAGGACAUCUUCUACUCAGUCCAGCAGUUCUUCUAGAAAAGUAACCGAACAAAGGUCAACUUACGGUGAUGCUAUAGAUUACCCAAGAACAGAACUUAUUGUAGAAGGUGUUAAUAGGGAUGAUCAAAAAAAUUCAAGAAAAUCAUCAACAUGCGCUGAUUCCUCAUCAGUGUUAUAUACUGAAAAGAAGUCGUCUGGUAACGAUGUUUCUAACUACCCAAGAAGAGAAAUCCUCCUUGAAUCAACCGGUAGGAAUGAUCAAAGCAAUUUCAGAACAUCUUCUUCAAAUACUUCUUCCUCUAUGAAAACAGUGACUGAACAAAAAUCAUACGAUGAUCAUUCUAGAAAACCAAUCCAAAUAUCUGAUGAUAUCGUAGUGGAUAAAACAACAAAAGUCUAUACCACUGAUGCACCUCGAGAACUCAAAUCUCAUCCAGGUUACGUGGAAGGUCGAACGAAAAUCACCAGAGAAACAAAAACUCUGGCGGACGGAACAGUAGUGACAACGACCAAGUACGAAACAAGCGGCGCCAAUGAACAGAAAUCAUCCUCAAAUCAUUAUACCACUUCCUCCAGUACAUUCCAAGACAAUAAGUCUAAUGUCAUCACUUCCAAGUCUCACGAAGAUAAAUAUUCAACGCAUAAAAACGUUGUGAAUCAAGAUAUUGCACAACAACCGAAGUCGAGAUAUUAUGUAGAGAAGACACACACUAUUCCCAGUAACACAGAAAGCAUUCAUCACAAUGUUCAUUCUCGAAGAGAAUCGAAUGUGUCUGAAAAAAAAAUCGAUACAUCCAAAAACUAUCAAACACAUGUGGAUGAACGGUAUGAGGUGAGGAGAAUGGAUGAUACAACUCAAAACAUUGUUGAUACAAAAAAUACUGAAAAUGUUAAGAAACAAGUUGUACAACAUAUCGAAAUUGGUGACAGAAGAAAGGAUAACAUUGACAUUCAGAAAACUCAGAAUAUACGAAAGGAAGUGGUGGAUAAUAAUAAGGUACAACAAAAAACGAUUGCAACGCAUGAUGUGAAUUCUGUUCCUUUGGGAACACCGAUCGAAAUCGAAAUUAAUUUAACAAGAAUAAACGAUAACCAAGAAAGGAGAUACGAAACACAAGAUAAUAAACCAAGGGCUGCAAAUCCUACGCCAUCCAACGUAUACGAUACCCCACAGAAAAGAGAGCCUAUAAAGCACGAAUCAGAAUUGAAAACUAAAAAUAAAAGAACAGAAGGUAAUUACGAUACAACCUACAAAACUGAUUAUACCAACAAAAAAAUUAGCGUUGAAGUGAGUCCUACUCAUGAUGCAUUCGCCAGAUCACUCAGAGCAGUCAGUCCAGAUAGGUUGAGUUCAAGAACAAACAGCAGGAAUUUGAAAACCAGUAAUUCAUCUCUUAGAAGCAGCAGUAGUCCUGAGAAGAGUUACACGGAUAGGAGGCAUUCCCAAAGGAUGUCUCCAGAAGGGCAAAUCAAUGGAAGAUGUUACUCCCCGACAAAAAAAUCUCCAGAGAAAUACUCUAGUACUGAAACAAUUACAUAUAGAACGACAUCAAGACCUUCAACACAAAGAAUUUCUCCUGAUAAAAAUCAGAGAACGAAACCUAAUGAAAUCAAAAUAACGUCAAAUAUCUCCACCACAACUAGAAAGACGGAAAAAUUGGAUAAUAGAUCACCUACAAAGAAUUCACCCCGAUCUUCAAGGCCUAAUUAUGACGAGGAGCGCACGAAUGUUCAGGAAAUUAUCACGGAUUUGGAUGACAAUGUUUCUACAUAUUCUCAUUCCACCGUUACUAGGAAUGUGACUGAUAGAGAUUUUUCUACCAAUGUUUCAAAAAAUAUCAAUACGAUUUCUGUUAACGAUCACCAGAAGAGAAUUGUUGAAAAAAAUUCCGUCAAGGAACCUGUAAGAAAAGAUAAACCUGUGGAUAAACCUUUGAAAAGAACAGAUACUUAUGAAGAAAGAUGUAGGCAGAUACUUGGAAUUACUGGUGACACGAAUGAAAAGCGACGCAGUAGUAUAGAGAAAUUGAGAAAAAGAGGUUCGACUAUAUCAUCACACACUGAAUUUAUUCCGAAAACAUCCCCUGAAAAAACUGUUGAUGUUACAUCUUCGAAGAAAUCCUCAGAAAACCCAAGGCAGAGUAGUCCAGCCAAACAAGGCUCUCCUUUACAAGAAUUUCCUUCUCAAAUAAGGAGAUCGCCCGAAAAAUAUACACCUGACAAAAAAGGCCCGAAAGAGAAUUCUCCUACUAAGAAUAGGAAGACUUCAGUAGAACAUAAACCUGUUCAGGAAUUUCCCUCACAAAAACGUAGGUCACCAGAAAAACCCGAAGAGAUAGUGAGUCCAACUAGGAGUUCGCCAAGAAGAACGAUAUAUAACAGUCAAGAAAGAAAGCCAUCUUCUGAAGUGAAUCCAGUUCAAGAGUAUCCUUCUCAAAAACAAAAAUCUCCAGAAAAGUAUCACUCUAACGUGCAGGAAAUUCAUACGAAGACUGUAACAAAGAGUAGAAUUUCAGAUGAGAGGGAAAGAAGUCCAUCUACUCCAAAAGAACCAGCUAGAGAAUAUCCUUCACAAAGACGUCCUUCUCCAGAAAAGCAGGAUAAGCAAACUCCCAAGAAAAGCUCCAGUAUUAGUAGAACUCCAGAUAAGAGAGAAAGGAGUCCAUCUACUACUAAAGAAACAGUUGGAGAAUAUCCUUCACAAACACGUCCUUAUCCAGAAAAACAAGAUAAGCAAAGUCCCUACAAGAGCUCCCCUAGUAGUAGAAAUCCAGAUGAGAGAGAAAGGAGUCCAUCUACUCGUAAGGAAACCGUUGGGGAAUAUCCUUCACAAACACGUCCUUAUCCAGAAAAACAGGAUAAGCAAAGUCCUAACAAAAGCUCCCCUAGAAAUCCAGAUGAGAGAGAAAGAAGUCCAUCUACUCGUAAAGAAACAGUUGGGGAAUAUCCUUCACAAACACGUCCUUAUCCAGAAAAACAAGAUAAGCAAAGUCCCAACAAAAGCUCCCCUAGUAAUAGAAAUCCAGAUGAGAGAGAAAGAAGUCCAUCUACUCGUAAAGAAACAGUUGGGGAAUAUCCUUCACAAACACGUCCCGCUCCAGAAAAACAGGAUAAGCAAAGUCCCAACAAAAGCUCCCCUAGUAGUAGAAAUCCAGAUGAAAGGGGAAGAAGUCCAUCUACUCGUAAAGAAACCGUUGGAGAAUAUCCUUCACAAACACGACCUUCUCCAGGAGAACAGGACGACCAAGGUCCCAACAGGAACUCUCCAAGAACAAUCACAAAUAAUAGAGAGGAUAUUUCUAUAUACGAAGUAACAAGUGAUGAUCAAUAUAAGAACACGACGAACAUAACUUAUCAAAUCAAAAAUGAUGUUUCAAGAAAUGAAAAUCUUAUUACUGAGGUACGCAAAUCAACCAGAGAUAAAAAACCUAUCAACAAAAAACCUGGAUCCAAGCCAUCAAACGAAGAAAGUUCGAGUGAGGAGGAAACUUCAGAAAUAAAUGAAAGUCAAGAAACGGAAGAAGUCGUCUACGAUAUUCCUAGAAAUACACCAAUAAAGAAUUUCAGUGACAUCACUAUAAAAACAGAUACAUUGAUUAUCACUACCGAUGGACGCAAUAAGGUUGACGUGAAAAAAAUUAUUACUGAUUAUGUUUCUGAAGAUGAACAGAUUAUUAAGAAUUAUCAGGUAGAAAAUGUUGAGGUUGAAAAUGAAAAACCUCGAAAAAUUCCAGAGAAAACAAAACCAGAUCAAAACUCAUAUCCCAAACCAACUUCAUCAACUAGGAAUUUCCCUUCACAAGAUAGUCCAACUAGCAGGAACUCUCCGAAGAAAACUCUUCCAUGUGUAAAUAAGGAUGUGAAAGUAGAUUCUCCGAAACAAUUACAUCCAAUCGAAAAAGAUCAGUCAUAUCCCAAACCUCGUGAUACUUAUGAUAAGGAGAUAGUUGAAGAAAAUGAGAAUAUCAUUGAAACAUCUGAGAAAACUACUACAGACCAAAGUGUCAUAAAAAUGAAAACAGUCGGUGAAUUAGUCAAAAAUUUCACAGUAAAAGGGACAGAACAACUAACCGAAUCAACUAUCAAUAAAAGGAAACCUACUGAUAAAAGUCCAACUUCUUCACUAUACAAGAAACCAACUACUGAUGAUGAAAUACAAAGAACUAUUAUUGAUGUUGAAAUAUCCGAGACGUCCAAAAGAACUCCGAUAGACUCAAAUAUAUGUAGACCAACACCUAAACAGACAAAUAAUUACCAAAAUCUUGUUGAAGAUUCUGAACAUGUGGGCUUUGUGCAAUUACAAAGAAACACUAUUGAAGCAGAGCAAGUGGCUUCUGUGACGACCAACACAUCUUCCAUUGACGACAAAAAGCGUUAUACAUCUAAUCAAGUGAUAAAUGUUUCUCCUUCAUCCAAAAAACCAGUUCAGAAUGAUAAGACCAGAAGACCUUUCGAUUCAGAAGAAAAUAGACCAGAAGCUGUUAUAGAUAUAUCUAAACAAAGAAUCCCGAACCAAACUAUUAGUGAUGACAUCAUUCGUAGAACAGCGCCAAAAACCAAAACACAAUCAAAAAAACCCUCUCAAUGGGAUAAUAAUCUUGAAGAUCAAAAAAAUAUUGAUAUUGAAAUUGAAGAAACCAUAAUAAUAGAAAGCGAUGAGGAAAUCACUAAACCGAAACAUAAAAAACCAGCAACCAAGAAAAUCACUGAUAAUUUAGAAUUUGAUGAAGAAAUUGAUGACAUUCGUGAAGAUAAUUACACAUCCGAGCAUAAAUUAAAAAUUAACUCCAUAACAAAGGAAAGAAAAUCAAAUGAGGUUUCUAGGGGACCUGUAGGAAAAACACCAAACAAAAACCGUCCGGGAGAAAUCUCGAAGCCGCAAAAACCUUACCAUGAUUCGGAUACUGAAGUCAUUAAUAAUGAUUUGAAUACAAGAAAAGUAACCGAGCAAAAAGUUGUGCAUACUUCAUCUAGAAAUACUCCGAAAGAAAAAGAUUCUCAGAAACCUACACAAAGGAUUCCAAGUAGUUCUUCGUUAUCAAAAAAACCUGUUACUCCACAGAGGAUCGAUAAGUACGAAGAUCUGAAUAACAAGAGGAAAACCGAAGUUUCAACAGCUACUUCAAAAAUUCAAUCAGAUCAAAAACUUACCAAAAUUGAUUCGGUGAAGAGUAAGAACCUUUCUACUAACAAAACAACAAAUGAAAUUUCAAGUAAGACAAAUACAAUACGGAAACCAACUACCAAAAAACCUGUGAAAGAUGUUGAAAGGAAUAAGAAACCUAGUAGAGAAACACCGUUGGAACCUCAUUCAGAUUAUAGCAGUGAGGCAGAAGAAGAAAUUCUUACCAAACAACAUAUAAUGGAAAGCUAUGAGGGAAGAACUCCAGUUGAUGAACCGCUAGUAAAGAAGAAAACUAUGAGUUUACUAUACAGCGAUGAUGAGGAUGACAAAAAAACUACGCAAUUAUUGAUUGAGUCUGAAAUUACAGACCGUCAACCUAUUACAAAUCAAAAAAAAAUCAAACCUGUGGAAUCAACCAAAACAAAAACAACAAAACUCAUUUCAACUGAGAAACACGAAACUAUUGCUCAAAAGACUAAAUCCCCUCUGAAAUCAUCUCCUCAAGUCAACAACCAAAUAGGAAGAAAACCUAUAAUAGAGAAAAAACCAGAAAUAUCGAAACAAACGCAUUCGAUCGAAAAUAAGUCUAAUAAAAGAGAAACUGUACGGAGAGAGAAUAAGCAAAAUACUCUGAAAGAAAUUGAAAAGUUUGAAAAUAUCACACAGGACAAGACAGUUCAUUUAAGAUCUAAUAGAGUAGAUGACACUGUUAACAAGAAAAAAACAACUGUAAUAACCGAAAGCAAUAAACCAGUGACUAAAUAUCCUAAAGUUGCUAAUGUUCCAAGAACAACCAAUGGAAAUGUUCAGAAGACACCAUCUUCUAGAAACAUAAUUACAAUUGAGAAAAAAACAACUAAAACAAGGGAACCAGCAACGCUGAUGCCAAAAACCACUAAGCCUUCAAUUCAGCACAAAAAUACAACUUCAUCAAAAACUAUUACACAAACUAAGUCUUCAAGAACAAGCUCACAAAAUAUCAAAACCAAAACUGAAGAAAAUAUUAAAUCUAAAUCAGUUUCCAAGAAACUUCCAAAGCCAGAAGAUUCUGAUGAAGAGUCACUUCCUGAUAGUUUGAAUGAAAAUAUUUCCUCUUCAAUUGAUGAUUUAAGAAGUAAAAUUCAGAAAAAUGGAACUCGUAUUGAAAGUAAUGUGACAUCAUAUCGAAUUACUUCAACUAGACAACAGCCAGAAGAUUCUGAAGGAAAAGUGAAAAUACCAAAAUCCACAACAGAAAAAAAGCAUAUUCCAAAAAAAUCAGUAAUAAACAAUAGCAGUAGAGGAGCUACUAUUGAUCUGCAAAGAUCUAUAUCAUCACGUGAAGCAACUCCAGAUAGGAUGUGUCCUCUUCCAGUCACAUCAGAUGAAGAGGGAUUUGCACCAAGAUAUCCUGAUACAGUUGUGGAACCUGAUGAAGGUUACCCUAGAAGAAGAUACGAUAAAUUAUUAGAAACUUCGAUACAUGAAUAUGAUGAUUCCAUCCAGUCAAAGAAAAUUGUAGAAAUCAACGAAGGUAUUAAUAAAAGAGUCAGUGAAAUCGAUCGCGUAGAUAACGAUGAUGAUAGUUUACUUACGGUGGAUAGGAAAAUCAAUAAAUUCUUGAAUACAGCAGAAAAAUUGACUGAAAAACCUAUUGUGGAUAUAAGUCAGCCAGCACCUAAAGUUGAGCGUCCGAAAUUUGUGGUAAAUGAUGACUUGAAGGAAGAUGAUUGCUUAUUGAGUGUAUCUGAUAAGGUACAGAAAUUUAUCACAGAGGCCGAACACCUAACAACACAAAAAGAUUCGCAGCAUAGAAAAUCUAUCAGUUUAGAAAAGCAUUCAGAAAUUUCCAAUAAAAUAAAUCAAUUCACAGCGCCACAGCAACCAGAAACACAUUCAACUUCACCCAGAAAAUUUUCAGUUCCCAAAAGUGAUCAGCCAUCGGGCAAAGAAACUUAUAACAAACAAUCAGAAAAACAUGAACCAGUGUUUCUCGCUACUUUAGGUAAAACAAAAUUGGAUCAAGAUGUAUUCAUCACGACUGAAUGUGCAGAGAUAGAAAAAGAAGCAGAUUUUGACAGAACAUCUAAAAGACCGUCUCAAUCUUCUAUUCGUCCCAACAAAGAACCCGAACAUCCAUCUCCAAAAAUUACCUCUGUAUCGAAAACUAAGACCAUAAAUUCAAAUACAAAGGAAACAACAUCGUCUAUCAGAAAAACAUCUACCAUAACAACUGAAAUAAGUGAUGAUGACUCGGAAAUUACUGAUAAUCAGCAUCAAGUUGAAGACCAACGCGAUACUUCGUCGAAACCUAGGAAAAACUCUUUGAAAGAGUUCACUCCCAAAAACAGACGACCAUCACAAGAAGACAAGGUCAUAUUGAGUUCAGUUGGUAGACUUAGAAGCAAUGAAAGUAUACAAAAAGCUAAAGCUCUCUUUGAAAAUACUGACAGUAUUGAUAGAGAGGAGAAAAGACAAAAAGAUAUUCUUAAUCGUCCAUCUGUUUUCGAAGGCAGAAGCAAAUCCUUAAAAGAAACGAAUCAGAGGAAAAGCAUUGAUAGGACAAGUGUAACGCCAAAGCGUCUCGAUUUCUCAUCUGAAAAAGAUAUUGAGGACAAUCAAGAAAAAGUAACACGAUCCUCUGAGAGGAGUCAAACCGAAACACGAACGCAUAUAAGAUCAAACGUUAGAGAAAGUUUGGAAAGAGAUAUUCCGGGAUAUAUGAAACCAUUAGAUCGCAGUUCUACAACCGAAUCACAUAAAAAUUAUCGGCCAGUGUCAGAAGAUGAUCUUCCUAAGAGGAAGCAUCCAGACCAAGAUGAUCAUCCUGGAUCACAAACACCAGGAUAUAUGAAACCUUUAGAUCGUUCUCAUCAACACACGCAUAACCAAAAUAUACGAGAAACUCAUGAAUCUAAACAUUCCAUUUCUCACGAAGACAUUCAAAGAUACCAUUCACCAAAUCAACAUAAAGAAAGUGAUGAUACUCCUGGUUAUAUGAAACCUUUAGAUCGUUCUCAUCAACAUUCACAUAACGAAAAUUCACAAACACGAGAAUCACAUGAAUCCAGGCAUUCUAUUUCUCACGAAACCCAAAGGUACAGUUCACCAAGUCAACAUAGAAGUGAUGAUGAUACUCCAGGCUACAUGAAACCUUUGGAUCGUUCUCAUCAACACUCUCAUAACCAAUUGGAAAAGCAUGAUUCCAGGCAUUCUAUUCUUCAUGGGGAAAAUCAAAGGUAUCGUUCACCAAGUCAACAUGGAGAUGAUGAUAUCCCAGGCUACAUGAAACCUUUAGAUCGCUCUUCAAGACCUCAAUUCGAAAAUAUGGAAGAAUCACAUAAAACUCAAGAACAUCAUGAACAUAGAAAAAUUCAUAAAAAUGAUCAUCUAGGUUACAUGGAACCUUUAGAUCGCUCUUCAAGACCACAAUUCGACAAUAUAGAAGAAUCACAUAAACGCAAUCAAACUCAUGAACAUCAUGACCGCAGAACAAUUCAUAGAGAUGAUCACCCAGGUUACAUGGAACCUUUAGAUCGCUCUGCAAGGCCACAAUUUGAAAAUUUCGAAGAAUCACUUAAACGUCAUGAAACUCAAGAACAUCUUGAAAAUAGAACAAUCCAUAAAAAUGAUCAUCCAGGUUACAUGGAACCUUUAGAUCGCUCUUCAAAACCACAAUUCGACAAUAUAGAAGAAUCACAUAAACGCAAUCAAACUCAUGAACAUCAUGACCGCAGAACAAUUCAUAGAGAUGAUCACCCAGGUUACAUGGAACCUUUAGAUCGCUCUUCAAGGCCACAAUUCGAAAAUUUCGAAGAAUCACUUAAACGUCAUGAAACUGAAGAACAUCAUGAAAGUAGAAAAAUUUAUGAAGAUGAUCAUCCAGGUUAUAUGAAACCUUUAGAUCGAUCUUCAAGACCACAAUUCGACAAUAUAGAAGAUUCACACAAUCAAUCUCAAGAACAUCAUGAACGUAGAAGAAUUUAUGAAGAUGAUCAUCCAGAUUAUAUGCAACCUUUAGAUCGGUCUGUACGACCGAAUUUUGAUCGAUUAGAACGUUCUAAAUCACCUGAAACUCACACAUCAAGUUCGAAGAGAAAAUCGCUUGAUCAUGAGCAAAAUAACCGGAAACCUGGACCACAUCAGAAUUCAUUUGGACAUAAACGACCAGACAGGCCAGAACGUACUGAAGUACCCGGUUAUAUGAAACCUUUAGAUCGUUCUCCUCAGGUCUUCCAUAGAGACUCUUCACAAUCACCCGAACGUGAAGAACACAGAAACGCACCUAAACAACCAUUGUCUGAAGAAACCAGUCCUACUCCAAGCUACAUGAAACCUGUAGAUCGAUCUACAAGACCACAAUCAGAUAAGCUGCAAAAACCUGAAUCACCUGCGGCUGAAGUGAACAAACAACCAAAAUUGGGAGAUAAGCCUAACUACAUGAAAUCCUUAGACAGAAAGGAUAGAACAUCCAGAUCACAAAGUCCCAAGAAAGACGUGUCUAAGCCGAAAGAGAAGCCUGCUGGUACACCUACUAAAUUUGGUGUCACUUUGAAGAGGACAGAUUCUGGCAGAUCUGUAACUAACUCAACGACUACUACAACCGAGCACAAACAUUAUAUUUUGAUGAAGAAAACCAUCACAGAAGAAGAAAUUGAGGAAGUUUAUGACCUGGACGUGCUAGAAGAAUUGCUAUUGAAGUUCACAACCUACGAAUUACGAAGAAAAAUCAGGAGUCAGAUUCGACUUGUGAAAAAACUUAUAUCUGAGAACAAACUUGAAAUCACUAUACAAAAUAUCAAAAACAAAACCAAAACAACAGAUCAAUCUCAGAAAAUAAGAGAAACUGAGGAAAACAGUAACAUUGAUAGGAAUAUAAGGACAACUUCAACAAGAAAUAUUCGAGAAAAUCAGACCACAGAAAGAAACAAACAUGAAAUUUCAGAAUAUAGGGUCGAAUCUACUAGGAAGGAAUCUGUCAGUUCAACUAUCAUAUCUGAAAAUAAAGAAUCGAGGAGGAGUCAAUCUCCUGAGAAAAAAGACAAAAAAAUACCGAAUAGAAGAACUCCUGAAAGAGCAACUCCUGAGCGAUCAUCUCCUGAAAGGAAAUUGUCGACGAAGUCAGUCUCCGGGAAGAAUGUUUUUGAAGAAAGAACUUCUUUGCAACAAUCAACAUACAGAAAUAAAGGAAAAGAACAACCUGAAGAACCAACACUAUCCUCGAAGACUACGUCGACAAACAUAUUCAAAUCCAGUUUGAAAAAGACAGAACCAAAGACCAAAACACCGACAUCAACAACUCAACCAGAAUGGAUUACUCAAAGGAAUUUGAAAAAAACUAGUACUAAUGAGGUCGUGAAAAAAUCUUCUAGUAGCAGCACGACUAAGAAACAAAACAUAAGGUCUUCAAGUUCCCAGAAUUCUGAGUCAACAGAUUUGAUACAAUCAAGUUAUGGAAUAGGUCCAACCGACGAAAAUGGUGCACCACUAUUUGGACUAAGAGCAUUGAGAGCUCAGAAUGGAAGCACUAAAGUUCACGGAACUGUUAUGACGAGCCAGUACUACUCAGAAACAGGAAAGGAACCAGUUGGUGAAAUAAGUUACACGGAAUACUCUUCUGAUCCGAGAGACCUUGGAGUGGAUGAAAACUCAACACAAAAUGGAGAGAUUCUUAGUAUUACAACAACACAAAAAUAUGGAUAUGAUGAUUCUCCUUCACUCAGUCAACUAACCAGUACUAAAAAAGAAACCUGUGAUUCACAAACUCAAAAACGAAAAAAUAGCACAAAAACAUCGACGAUAACAAGAAAAAAUUCCGUUAAGGCAUUGACCCAAAAGUUUGUCGAAAAUGCUGUAGAAGUAUCGAAAAAUGAGCGGCAAUCAUCCUACCCAAAGGCAGGACUGAUUUUGCGAAGCUCCAGUUUCAAAAACGAAUCAGCACAAGACGACGGUUAUAGUGAAAUUUCAGCUGAAGAAAGGAUAGAACAAUCGGUAUCAACGAAAUCGUCAAACUCGAAAACGGUUUCCGGUGGUACGUUCCUCAGAAAUAAAUCCAAAGUGACCGGAGUACACGAUGCAAUCUCAAGAAUGCAAACAGAAGAUAUAGAAUAUGGUGAUACAUCAGAGGACAUUGAGGCCAAGGAUCUCUUGAACAAAUAUUUAGGAACUCAAGUGAUUUUAUCUGGCAUAGAAGGACAGGUUUCAAGGACGGGUACUUCAUCCACAAAAGCCACUUCAUUCACGACUGCAGCUAAGAGCACAAGCAGAGUAACUAUUGUUACAAUGGAAAACGGCAAAGAAGUGACCAGGACCCUUACCUUCGAACACCCUGUCACUGAAGAAGUUUUAGAAAACGUUUGGGACGAACAAACUCUAAGAUAUUUGCUGGACCAAAGUACUGACUACGAAGAAAGGAAAAGAAUACGUGCAAGACUACGCCACAUAAUGGCAGAACAAGAAGCUUGUACUGAACUCGUCAAACAGGCAAGUCAGGACCAAAGCAGCCAAUCAAUUGAUGAAGUUGUGGAAACAAGCAGGGAGAUUGUUAGUGAAGGACCCGUUACAACCACCAAAGUAACAAAGGUCAGCACACAACAGCAUAUUUCGAAGAAACCAAUGUCACCUUUCGCCAAAUUCCGGCAACUUGACAAGCAAAAUAGUCUCAACACACCCCCAAGUACGCCUAGAACGCCUGGUGGCAGUCCCCUUUUUAAAUUCACUGAUGCGGCCCUGAGCCAAAGCGCCAGCACCAUCAAAGAUCGACUUUUAUACUGGUGCAGGAUGAAGACUAAGGAAUAUGAGAACAUCCAACUAGAUAACUUCUCAAGCAGCUGGGCCGAUGGACUGGCGUUCUGCGCCCUUGUACACCAUUUCUUACCAGACGCUUUCGACUACCAUGCACUCACACCAAAAGAACGCAGACACAAUUUUACGCUUGCAUUCAAAGUGGCCGAUGAGAAAGCAGAUAUUGCACCACUUUUGGACGUCGAUGAUAUGGUAGCGACCAUGAGACCUGACUGGAAAUGCGUGUUCACUUACGUGCAGUCUAUAUACCGCCGAUUCAAGGAUGAAGACUAAAAUGGCUGUAUUUUGUUGAUUUUAUACUUUUUUACUUUUUUAUCUAACCUGAUGCUUCUAAAUUCAUACCAAAAAAUAAACUGUGGAGAAAGUUCCUCAUGCCUUGUCUCAAAAAUAUUUGCUGUGAUAUAGAAAAAGCAUCCUUUUAGAUUUGCAUAGAAAAUCACAAUACAUAAAUACAUUUUCUAGUCAUACUUGAAAAGUCUGUUGAACUUUGACUCUCAACUUACUUUCUCAUCAUUUUAAAGGUGAUAUAUUACUGAUCAGCCCAGCUGUUUGAUUUGUUAUUCUUAUUUUAUAUAUCAAGUUCUGCUUCCAAACUAAUUCUAUAUACUUAUAUAGGAAUUUUAAUGGGUUGUUGCUGCUGCGUUAUCACUAAUAUGAAAAUAAUAUUUUCAACCCUACCAACAUGUUCAUAUUUCCGUCAAUACAUUAUUCUUCUUAGAUUUCACCUUCUAAUUGUAAAAAUUGCUAUGUGCUUUCAAGUAUAUAUAUAUAUAUAUA